GCAGCAACCACACAACAAUCAAUGUUUCCGGCGAACACGUUUGCGUACGGAACUGCCGGAAGUGGUCCGUCUAGGAAUUACUUCCUCCAUAUAGCCCAAAAUAUUUUUUUUGUAAUUCUGAUACAGCUUCUUGCCGAACAUCUAACGACAACGAGUCUGUUUAGUGUUGCAGAAACAGGGUGGUUGUUGUUCCCAAAACAACGUUGACGUUUGUUGACGGCUGGCGCGACCUCAAUACCGCAAAACUAACAUCAUCGGGAUGGCGGAGGCGCCAGGUACUUCUAACGAGACGAUAACGGAGACCAUUCAAGUAGAAACACCGCCACCGCCCCAGCAGGAGGGGCGUAGCCUGACCAUCAAGCUGAGGAAGAGAAAGACUGACAAGAAGGUGGAGUGGUCCAGCGACACAGUGGACAACGAGCAUAUGGGAAGGAGGUCCUCCAAGUGUUGCUGCGUCUAUGAGAAACCCAAACAGUUCGGAGAGUCCUCCUCUGAAAGCGAGGGAGAUGACGAAGGCUGUGGAAGUGCACAGUGCAUUCUAGGACAUGGGAAAGACAUGCAUGGACACAGUGGAGGGGGUGGGGGGAACUCUGGAGGAUCACAUGCCCAUUAAUGAUUAAGAGUGGAGACUGGGGGUUACGACACAUACUGCUACACACACAUUCUCAUUUAAUUCAGUCACUGCAGUACUGGGAGGAAAAGGGAUAAAGAUUAGAAGAGACAGAACAAAGGAAAGAAAACAACCUAUACACAACCUGUUUGAUAAGAAAAUGGCGUGCUGUUGAGUUCAUUGUAUAUAUUACAAUCAGUUUUCUUUUUUUAUAAAGAGUACUUUUCCUUAUUUGUCUAAAUACUUGAUUUUACUUAUGUUGCAGUAUCUUAGCCUGUGUGCCAGACAGUCUGUUCCUGCUUGUCAAACAGGGAUUUGGAAAGAUGAUGAUGUAACAUUGUAGAGAGCUGAAAUCGUCUGGUACCCAGACUACUACUAGGGAGCGAGUUCCAAACAACAGCCUAUCCAGGGCUCUCCAACCCUGUUCCUGGAGAGCUACCAUCCUGUAGGCUUUUGUAGCUGGUCGAUGAGCUGAAUCAGGUUAGUUACAACUGUGGUUGGAGUUAACCUACAGGAGGGUAGCUCUCCAGGAACAGGGAGGGAGAGCCCUGCCCUAUUCCCUAUAUAGGGCCCUGGUCGAAAGUAUUGCACUUUAAAGGGAAGAGGCUGCCAUUUGGGUCGUAACAUCUUUUAUCUCUACUUCAAAGUAAUGAGUACUCCAUGAAUACUUAAGUAGCAAACAGUCUUAUUUUAUGGACACAAUGUUGUACAGACAAACCGUUGUCUAUCUGUAACAUUAAAGAAGUUUAGGGGAGUAUUUAGGACACUAUUUUAAGGAAAAGCUAGUCUUGUUUUUCUUAUUUUCAUGUAACAUUGCUGACAUUACCUUUCAGUUGAGUGCAGUGAAAAUGUGUUGAUGCACAAUCCUCUCCCUGCCCUUUACAAUCCUCAGAAGUGUUGAGUACAUUAGUUUCAGCACUUCAAAUAAGAAUAGAAUUGAUGGCAGAUUGCCUUAAAUUCUGAGAAGAUGUUGUGAAGAUAUGUCCUUUUGUAUUGAUGAGGUGAGAGAAUGUCAACAUACCAAUAAUUAGAAAAAUCUUAGAAACCAUGCAUAUGCAACAAAUUAUAUACAGAUUAUAUACACUGAGCUACAAAAGUAUUGGGACAGUGACAUUUUUGUUGUUUUGGCUCUACUCCAUGGCUACUCAAAUGACAAAAUGACUAUGAGGUGAAAUUGCAGACUUCCAGCUUUAAUUAGAAAGUGUUUUCAUAUCGGGUAAACCGUUUAGAAAUUACAACACUUUUUGUACACAGUCCUGCCAUUUUAGGGGACCAACCGUAUUGGGAUAGAUUCACUUAAGUGUAUUAAAGUAGUACAAAGUGUAGUAUUUGGUCCCAUAUUCAUAGCACGCAAUGACUACAUCAAGCUUGUGACUACAAAUUUGUUAGAUUCAUUUUCUGUUUGGUUGUUUCAGAUUAUUUUGUGCCCAAUAGAAAUGAAUGGUAAAUAAUGUAUUGUCAUUUUGGAGUCAAAUAAUAUAUGUUUCUGAACACUUCUACAUUAAUGUGGAUGCUACCAUAAUUCUGGAUAAUCCUGAAUGAAUCUUGAAUAAUAAUACGUGAGAAAGUUAGACGAACAUAUCACAUCCCCCGCUCCCCCUAAAAAUGCUAACCUCCCGUUAUUGUGAUAGUGAGAGGUUAGCAUGUCUUGGGGGGUAUGACAUAAAAUGCUAACCUCCCGUUAUUGUGAUAGUGAGAGGUUAGCAUGUCUUGGGGGGUAUGACCAAAAAUGCUAACCUCCCGUUAUUGUGAUAGUGAGAGAUUAGCAUGUCUUGGGGGGUAUGACCAAAAAUGCUAACCUCCCGUUAUUGUGAUAGUGAGAGAUUAGCAUGUCUUGGGGGGUAUGACCAAAAAUGCUAACCUCCCGUUAUUGUGAUAGUGAGAGAUUAGCAUGUCUUGGGGGGUAUGACCAAAAAUGCUAACCUCCCGUUAUUGUGAUAGUGAGAGAUUAGCAUGUCUUGGGGGUAUGACAUAAAAUGCUAACCUCCCGUUAUUGUAAUAGUGAGGGGUUAGCAUGUCUUGGGGUUAUGACAUUUGUGUGUCUGUAACCCUCAAGUUAAAGCUGACAGUCUGCACUUUAACCUCAUAGUCUGUGAAUAAUUUUACAUCCCCAAGUGCUGGAGUACAGAGCCAAAACAACAGUUGUGUCACUGUCCCAAUACUUUUGUAGUUCACUGUAUAUCCUUUAAUUCAUUAUCCCCUCUGAGAAUGAAUGCACCAGGGCAACAUUGGCAGUAACCUCCGCUGCAUGCUGGUUGGUUAUGAAGGAAAAAAAAGUUGCCAUUUUAAAUCAGUCUUAUAUUUGCAUCAUACUUAUUGCACUGUGAUCUGCUGUGAUCGGGCAGAGAAGAUAACGUUUGUUUCAGUGAGAGGAGAUAAAUGCCAUUUAUUUAGUGCUGCUGUGUACUUUCCGUACUAGACUGAACAUAAAGUGGGAGAAAAUGUAGUAUUACCGCAGUCCAGAUCAUGCAGUUCAACUGAAGACAUGGGAGAAAGAGAGUUUUUGAAUGGAUAGGGAGAAGGUGUAUGAUGAAUUGCUGGCCCAAGCUGUGUUCACCAGUGUCUCAACUGACCAAAUGUCACUGGCCAUUUCCCCAUUGUAUACUCCUCGCAUCCUCUCUCGUCUCCUUCUCAAAACCCAAUCGAAGGAGACGGUUAGAGGGGUGGGACCUUUGGCUUUCUCAUCCAAUGGAUUUUGAGGAGAGAGGACAUGAGGAGUAUGCAAUUGAGAAAAGGCCAGUGUCUCGCGCUUCAUCCUCUGUGGUUCCAAACACCGUAUUACUACUUAAACUGUACUUGAUCUGUGACAACAUGGACUACAUCCAAUUUCACCAUACGUCACCAUUUUCUAUUACAGAUACACACAUACAAUGUUCCUGUACUGGUAAAGCACCUUUCUGUACAUAAAAUACAUCAUAUGAGAUCAGAUUUAAUGUGAAUAAAAGAUUAAAUCACUUUGUCCAAGUGUGUUACAUGAGUUGAACUUGAGAUGUAUGUGUAUAUCAUAGCACAAAUAAAGAUUCUUCAAGGCUG